AUGGAGGAAUUGCUCUGUGAUGCAGCUAUGAGAGGGGAUCUAGAAUCACUACACGAAAUAAUUGCAAAGGACAAUUACAUUCUGGAUAAAGUUUUGGUGGGAAGUUUCAAAGGGAAAAAUCCGCUUCAUGUGUCUACAUCAAUCGGGCAACUAGAAUUUGUUCUGAAACUUUUGGAAAUUAAACCAAAGCUUGCUAAAGUUUUAGAUACGGAACUAGGUGCAGCCCUUCACAUAGCAUCCGCUAAUGGAGACGUCAAGAUUGUGGAAGCUUUAGUGGGGCUUAGCCCUGAGAUGUGCAUGGCUCGUAAUCGAGAUGGUAAUAACCCUCUUCAUAUCGCUGCGAUGGAAGGCAAGGUCGACGUAUUGAAAAAGUUGGUUGAAACCUGUCCCUUGGCAGCUCAAGUUAUUUUAGAUCGAGGCGACACCAUUUUGCACUUGUGUGUAAAGUAUAAUCAGCUUGAGUGUCUCCAAUUAUUGCUAGAGAUGAUUAGAGAUCCUGAAUUUGUACAAUCUAAGGAUGCCAAUGGCAAUAGCAUGUUACACAUAGCUGUUUUCAGUAAGCGUUUUGAGAUCGUCGAACAUGUACUCAAUAGUACUAGAAUAGACGUGGAUGCAACUAAUGGAGCUGGGUGGACGGCAAUGGAUAUUUAUUUCUUUGUGCAAAAUCGUUCAAAUGGGCAUGAAGUGGAUGUGCGUAUCGAAAAAUUCCUACGUACAGCUAGGGCUAGAAGACGUAGAGAGAUGUUGGUGUUCACGUCUCAAAGCCAGGAGAAAUUAAUGCAGACAGUAAUGGUUGUGUCAUCGUUGUUUGCAACAAUGGCAUUCCAAGUGGGAGUGAACCCUCCAGGUGGCGUUUGGCAAGACAAUUUCAAAGAACACAUAGCCGGAAAAGCUAUGCUUGCUUAUAAAUAUCCGAAUUCAUAUGCGUGCUUCAUGUUUUUCAACACGGUAGGAUUCCUUCUGUCUUUGUUUUUAAUCUUAUCAAUCCUAGCGACAGCCGUGCCAGUGACAAGAAAUCCUCGGGGGUUGCUUCUACCUGUCAUCUCGUGA